UCCAUCGCUGUAAAUAAAAGUUACAAAAAUGUACUAUCAGAUUGUAUAUCAGCGAAUCGUUAAUAUAAAACUCAUAUACAGGAAAAGAUCUCUUAAUAUUCGUAUGCCAUAUUCUCUUGAUCUAUGAAAUAAAAGAUUCCGCGAUCACGCGAUUCAAAAUGUCAGGUUAGAAGAAACGUACUACUAGUUCCGUCAAGUAAAUCUAUUGAAAAUGUUAGCAUUCACCUCUAUGAAAAUUUUCAUACGUCUUCAGCGAAAUUAUAAUGGUGCAAAUAAGUACCGAUCGAUUUCAUUAAGUCAUUUCGUCUUUUUCGACGAACCAAGAAAAACAGAAAUAGAAACAAGACAAAAAAAGCUAAUGGCACGUGGUCUUCCAAAAUCAAAACCGUUGAAAGGUGUCAAGCAAAUUAUUGUCAUAGCAUCUGGAAAAGGUGGAGUUGGUAAAUCUACCACCGCCGUAAAUUUAUGUAUCGCUUUAAAAACUAUCAAACCACAAAAGUCUGUCGGUUUACUCGAUGCCGAUGUAUUUGGCCCAUCUAUUCCGUUGAUGAUGAAUAUACAACAAUCUCCUACAGUUAAUAAUACAAAUCUUAUAGAACCCCUUAUAAAUUAUGGUAUCAAAUGCAUGUCUAUGGGCUUUUUAAUUGAUGAUAAGUCUCCUGUAAUUUGGAGAGGAUUAAUGGUAAUGAGUGCCAUUGAUAAAUUGUUACGUCAAGUGGCAUGGAAUCCACUGGAUUAUCUUGUCAUAGAUACUCCACCUGGAACAGGGGACACACAUCUUUCAAUCAUACAAAAUCUUCCAGUCGCUGGUGCAUUAUUAGUAACUACACCUCAAAAAGCAGCCUUAGAAGUAACUAGAAGAGGAGCUAAUAUGUUUAAGCGUUUAAAUAUUCCAAUUAUUGGAAUUGUAGAAAACAUGAGCAAUAUUAUAUGUCCAGAGUGCAAAAAUGAAAUAAUUCUUUAUAAUGGUGGAACUCAAACGGUUGCUAAGGAACUUGGUGUGCAAAUUUUACAAUCUAUUCCCUUGUCAAAGGAUAUUGCAAAUAGCUGUGAUAGUGGUAAACCAAUUGUGUUAUCUGCACCGGAAAGUAUUCAAGCUGAUGCAUACAAACAUUUAGCAGAACAUAUAAUUUUGUUUUUAGCUAAGCAACCACUAAAUCUGGAAUAAUAUUUUAAAUAUUUCCUUUCAAUUAUAAUUCUUUAUAUAAACAUAACAAAGAUAUAUAAUCAUACAGACAAAGAGAAAUUUUUGAAUUAGGA